UGUGGCAUCCAGUGCUCAAACUAGCUUAACUCAGAGUUUGACACGGUGGUGUACAGACAGUGAUUAACUAAUUAAAUUGUCUCUCAUCUGCAUAGUUGCUAAUGAUGCAUACAUUUUCUGGUAAAAAAACACAGUAUUGCAGGUCUGCUGUGGUCAUUUUUGGUAUUGGUUUUUCUAGUUUAUUGAUCUGAGAGACUUGGGUUUGGUCUCAGGAGGCUCAGAGCACUGUGUGGUAGAAAAAGCCUAGCAGUAUUUGAUGUGGUUUUGCUUAUAUGGGACUGAACUUCUGUACUACCUUGUAGCAGAAGCGCUUCUGCACUGUAUGGAUUUAAUACAUUGCUUGUCAUAAGGUCUUUCUAGGUAUCACAAGGUGCUAAAGUGUUAUUGCUCCCAGCUCAUCAUCUGUGUGUGCAGUGUUAUACAGUGUCUAAAUCACUUGCUCUGUUAGCACCCUGAGCUGUGACCAAACUGUGUAUUGCGUGCAAGCUUUGCCUACAAUUCAGUCUUAUGUGCCUUUCCAGCCGAAACAGUAUCUUUGCAUGUGUUUCGAUGCAAUGUAACGCAUUCGAUUCAUUUCUUUAAGUAUUGUCCUCAAACAACAACUUCUGUCUGAUUGCACUUAGUUUGUGCACGUGUCUGCAGCAUUGCAGUUAAGAACAAAUCAGAGUGUGUGUGUGUGUGUGAAAUAGUUUGUCUAUAGCAGUGCAGGCAGGGUCACAGAGGAGCCAUUGAUCAAACGUGCACAUCCACACAAACACGUACUUUCACACAUACACACACAGCUUCUCAAUACACAAUGAGGCCUGUCCGGAGCUCUGUCCUCUGCCGCCUCCUCCCUGCCCCCUUCUCUCUGGCCCUGCGCAGCCUGGUCCUGGUCCUUCUCUGCAUCACCCCCCGUUGUCAGGCGGUACAGGCAGAGAAUGUGACAGUAAUGGAGGGAGGUACGGCCCAGAUCUCCUGCCGCCUGCAGAAUUACGAUGGAUCAAUUGUGGUCAUCCAGAAUCCCCGCCGGCAGACCCUCUUCUUCAACGGCACACGAGCUCUGAAGGACGAUCGUUUCCAGAUGGUGCUUUUCACGCCACGGCUGGUGCGCAUCACAUUGACCAACGUCAGUGUUAUGGAUGAAGGCGGCUACUUCUGCCAGCUCUACACGGAUGCCACACACCACCAGGUGGCCACGCUUUCUGUCUUGGUUACCCCGGAGACGCCCACGGUGGAGGUGAAGCAGGAAGCCGUGGAGGGAGGAGAGGUGGAGCUGACCUGUGUGUCACCACGCAGCAAGCCGGCCGCCACCCUGCGCUGGAUGCGCAAUGGCCGAGAGAUACCAGGCGUGGUAUCCCAGCAGGAGAACGCAAAGACGUUCAGCGUGUCCAGCACCAUCCAGAUCCCAGUAGAAAGGAAAGACAAUGGGGCGGCACUGAGCUGCGAGGCAUUCCACCCAGCCCUGGGUGGCCAGAAGAGGAUUCGGCACUACCGCCUGGAUGUAUAUUUUGCACCUACAGUGAGAAUUGUUCCUCCCUCUGGCAUUUUGCGAGAGGGCGACUCGCUCAGCCUGACCUGCUCCGUCACCGGGAACCCUCUGCCCAGGAACAUUCAGUGGUCCAAGAUCAAUGACACCUUACCUGAGAGAGCAGAGAUUUCUGGCCCCACCUUUCAGAUUUCCCGUCUCAGCCAAUCACACAACGGGACAUACUUGUGCCAGGCCCAGAACAAUUAUGGACGAGCCGCUGAUCAUUACACCCUAUUGGUCUAUGAUAAUGUGUCACUCACUACCACGGUCCCUCCCACUCCUACCACCCAACUUAUCACCUCCCAUCCCUCCACCCCAACCCUCCUAUCACCCAGCUUCGCCCCAGACAUGAAAGAUCCUGGUGCAGUGGUAGAGACUCACAGCGCAGUACCUUUUGCAGUGAUAGGUGGCGUUCUGGCAUUGCUGGUUUUCACUGUCAUCUGUGUCCUCAUUGUCACCAUCUGGUGCUCCGUCCGACAGAAAGGUUCCUAUCUUACCCAUGAGGCCAGUGGGUUGGAUGAACAUGGUGAGGUGCAGGAAGCCUUCCUCAAUGGCAACGACGCCAGCCAGGGCAAGAAGGAAUACCUACUGUAGCCCUUCUCUUUUCCUACCCCUUUCUCUUCUGACCUCAUCCCCCUAUCCCCACCUCUUCCCAUCUCCCACCUUAUAUACAGUAUACACACACACACACACUCUAUACAACACGCCAUAACAGGCGGCCUUCUGAAAACAACUGUAUACAGUUAUUGCACACAGCCAAUCCAUCCCGCUCCAUUCCACUCCAUAUCCUCCAUACACACACACACCCAGAAACAGACUGAGAAAGAGAGCCUAUAGACCCACCAGCCAUUAACGACUGUGCCAUAUAUUGUAAGUCGGAGAAACUAGGGAAAAUGGAGAGGGGUGGAGGGAAAGAAUGGAGUGAGGUGAAUGUAGACAAAAAAGAAAUGAUGCCAUAAUUAUUUUGAUCGAGAGGGAAGCGGGGAGCACAAAGAAAACCGACACUCUGCCCGUGCAGCCGCCAAAGUGGAAAAGGAAUUAGAGGCAGAUGACUGCUAUAAUUCCAUGCCUAGAGAAAACCAUCCAUUUCACAAAGCUCAAUCUUUAACUGGCGGAGACAGUGGGAGCAGUGUGUGGGGAAUGAGAGGGUAUUGA